UUGAGGCGUGAUUGUAGCAACGAAUUUGUCGGAUGCAGAUCAAAUUACUUAUAACUUUAACCAACAGUAUCGCUUCUUCAGUUAAAAACAAAUAUGUAAAAUCCUUUGAGUGCCAAGAUCCAAGAUGACGUACGCAUAUUGUAGAAAAACGAAAAUUCCAGAGAUCGGCCUUGAGUAUGAAAACCAACCACACAUGAAUUUCCUUAACUUAUGCGAAGCAAUAAAUCAUUUGGACGAACAGCAACGUAGACAUCAUUUAAUUGAGAUCAUGAAUGCAUUUGACGAUGAAGGUACAAAGUGGACAGGCAGUCUCAAAACUAUAUUUGAAUUACCUGACGGUACCAUUAAGAGGAGCAUCGCCCUUAUCGAUUUCGAUAAAUCGGGGAAUAAAUAUCUUAAACAACUCAGCGCACAAAAUGAUGAAUGCGGAAAUGGAGUAUUUAAAUUCUAUAGAAUUUUGAAAAUCGAUUGUACCGGGAAAGCAAUGAUCCAUGAAAAUAACUUAUCGCCUGACAAUUGUAUGAUUAACAUUAAUUUAGAUCAAAGAUGCCCCGAUAUUUUGAGUUCCACUACUACAUCCGAACUGAAACGACCAGAUGGCUGCACGGAAUUGUCAGUCCUCGUGGCAAUAAGAAACGAAGCGGAUGACGACACAGCAUUUAGCAAAAUAACAACUUUAUUGGAUUUUUGCGGUAACGAAAUUGGUUCCCAAAAAAAGACAUUUAUGCGUGAUAAUUGUGGAAACACGUUUAAACAUCAAGAAAAUCAAAAUUAUAUUUAAAUUCAAUUAAUGUAUCAAAU